UUGGCUUUUUUCAAACACCCACAUGGACCGCAGCGCCCUCUGACUUAAUCAAUACGAGUGCCAGCGAGCACAUGUAGGUGACGACGAUGGCGGAGGGCACGUACGAAUAUGAGUGCAUGAGAGCCGAAUUGUUGGGCAUAGAAAAGCCCGACUAUGAAGACUUCCUCAAGAAGAAACAAGAACGAGAGGCUGCCGCCGAAGAAGAACGGGACACCGAAAAUUUGAAGGAAGCCGACCUGGAAGACGAAUCAAUGAAACACAUAUCCGGAGGUUUGGAUGAACUGAACAGCAUCCUGCAAGUAACCCAGCGAAAAAUCCACAGGUUCAAAGCAUCCUGCAGCUCGCUCACCAGCCUGCUCAAGUUCAAAAUCGGCACUUCGUCCUCAUCCGAGCCGUUAGAGAGCGCCGCCCCCGAGAAUCCCGAGCCGAUCGACAGCCAGUCGCCCCCGGUGAGCGUCAACGGCACCUGCAGCACCGAAGGGGGCACCCGAAAAAGCGACUUAGCCAAGGCUCUAGACACCCACUUGGACCGGUACGACGCCAUGAUCGAGAAGGCCGAGAACGCUCAAUACAGCAUGGCUCACCAAAACAAAGAGAUGAAGAGGUUCUUGAACUGAGAGCGCUUCUUGAUGUGAUUUUUUCUACUAUCUUGUUGUUAAGUGUAGUUGUUUUUGUUGAGUUUUAGCUUAACGAUGAUGGUGUGAUGGGGGAAAAAGCCUGAGAUGCGGUUGAGUACCCACGGUUUAACCUGUGCUUCCAGCUUAAUAUCGAUAUUUUUUAUCAUAUUGUUGAAGAGGUUAUAUUAUUGUAACAUAUUGAUGUCGUCCGUUUUAUGUAGUUCGUUAGUGUACUUUAUGUGUGAGAGGCUCAGUUGCUGACUGGGGUUUGUGCACGAAAAUGUACCUUAUGACGAUGGGCGGGGCCUUGAUUUGCAAUCGAAGCGUUGCCUACUUAUUCAGGGUAGAGAGUUAGGCGAAAUUUGGAAAAAUAAAUAUUCCGUUUUUGAGCA